AUGAAGUGCGCGGGAUGUUUGAAAACUACGAAAGAAGCUAACAUUACAAAAUGUACUUCGAUUACUUGUGAAAAAUGUUUUUGCACUUUGUGUGUUCCGCUGGCUAAUUCAGCUGAGAAGAAAAAAACUUGGAAAUGCCCCGAUUGCAGCGUGCUACCAAAAACCGGCUCCGAGUUAGCUGAGUUUACAAAUGAGCUACGAAAUCUGACAAAGGAAAUAUCCUCUCUUAAAUUACAACUAGAAGAUGUGACCAAGUCUAUUUGUUUCUGCCAUUCUCGCCUGGACGAAAUUGUCGCCUCACUUAAAACCACUGACAAACGGUUAAAAGUAUUAGAACAACGAGAUUAUGAAUUAACCAAUCUCAAAGCUACCGUCGCUCGUUUGGAGGAUGAUUUACAUAAUCAAAGACAGACUUUCGCGAAUAACGAAAUAGAAAUUAUCGGAAUACCUGAAGCCCAGAAUGUAACCUUACAGCAUUCCGUAAAGAUCGUUGCUCAAAAACUCGGCGUGGAACUGAAGGAUGAUGACGUGGACUAUAUCAUGCGUGCAGGGCCUCGUCGCCCUGCUCCCGUCACCGAAAGGCCCGACGAAGCUCAAGGGAUGUGUCGCCCGGUGGUCGUACGUCUGCUGCGGCGGUAUAAGCGAGAUGAACUAGUUCAGGCCUCGAAGUCGCGUCGCAACCUGAGUACCACCGACCUACAGAUACCCGGUGUCGCACGUAAGAUAUAUCUUAAUGAAAGGCUUACCAAGGAAAAUCGGCAAUUAUUUCGCGAAGCCAGGACGAGAUCUAAAAAAGGAGGCUACGCAUUUUGUUGGUGUAACAAUGGCGCAAUUUAUGUCAGAGAGAAGGAAAAAAAGCCUGCUGUACGUAUACGUAGUUCCAAGGACCUGGAUCAAAUCUUCCGGCCUGCGGCUUCAACGGCGGAGUAA